AUGGCGCCAAAACAAGAUGACGUCGAACUUGGGUUCAUUGAUAAUCCUGAUCAACAGUCUGCCAAUGAAAGAGAGCUGCAGCAGUACAGCAAGGGCUAUCGAGUACGCUUAUAUAGAGCGGCUCUAUGUGGUGAUUGGGAGGUUGCAAAGGAAAUCCAUGAUAAACAUGAAAAUUGUUUUAUGGAGUUGAUCUCGAGAAAUGGAGAUACUGCUUUGCACAUAGCAGCAGAAGGCGGACGUUGUCAUUUUGUCAUGGAAUUACUACGAGUAUCCCAAAUUACAGCUACACAGUUGGAGUUGCAAAAUAAAUUUGGUAAUACUGCUUUCUGUUUGGCUGCUGCUUCUGGGGUGGUUGAGAUUGUGGAGGAAAUGGAACGACGAAAUCCAGAGCUGCCAAACAUUCCUGGAAACCAAGGCAUGAAACCUGUUCUAAUAGCCGCUCUACUAGUUACCAACUUAUGGAGGGAGCAACAAGAAGAUCAAGCUAAACUUGAACUGGUUGAACGCCUUUGGAAAAUAGUAAUACAACAACCUCAUGAGAAAAUAUCCGAGAUUCUAUCUCACCCUCAGCCACCACUGCUCUUCGUGGCUAUAGAGUUAGGAAACUACGAGUUUGUGACCACAUUAAUUCGCCAUUACCCGGACCUGAUAUGGGAAUUAGAUGAAGAAAAUCGAACCAUAUUUCAUGCUGCUAUUCAAUGCCGCCAAGAAAAAAUCUUCAGUCAUAUUCGUCAAAUAGGUAGUAUUAACCAUUCACUUGCAGCUUACAAGAAUCCUAAUAAUGGGAAUAAUAUUCUUCAUCUAGCAGCCAAUUUGCCUUGCACUGAUAGACUCAAUGUUGUUUCUGGGGCUGCCCUUCAAAUGCAACGCGAACUCUUAUGGUUUCAGUUCAUAUUUGACAUAUUUUUUCUUUAUUGA